AUGGCCGAGGUUGGGUCCAAGUCAGUAUUGUUUGUGUGUCUCGGUAACAUUUGCCGGUCACUCAUUGCAGAAGCUGUUUUCAGAAAACUGGUUACUGAUGAAAAUGUUUCCGAUAAUUGGGCCAUUGAAAGCAGCGCUGAUUCCGACUGGAACGUGGGCCGGCCCCCAGACCGAAGAGCUGUCAGCUGCCUAAGAAAUCAUGACAUUAGCACAGCCCAUAAGGCAAGACAGAUUACAAGAGAAGACUUUGCUACAUUCGAUUAUAUACUGUGUAUGGAUGAAAGCAAUCUGAGAGAUUUGAAUAGAAAAAGUAAUCAAGUUAAAAACUGCAAAGCUAAAAUUGAGCUACUUGGGAGCUAUGAUCCACAGAAACAACUCAUUAUUGAAGAUCCCUACUAUGGCAAUGAUUCUGACUUCGAAGUAGUGUACCAGCAACACCCCAGGUGCUGCAAGGCCUUCCUGGAGAAGAUACACUAG